AUGGACGGACAGCAAAGGCCACCUGCCGGCAUGGCAUCGUUGGCUGGUCGAGAGCUACCGUCAGAUUUGGUGCAGCAGGUUUCCAACGUGACGAUGGGCCAGCUGUUCUAUAUCUUAAGCCACAUCCAGAAAUUGAGUGCGCAGGCUCCAGUGACAGCACAGCGGAUACUUGCUGAGAAUCCUCAAAUCUGCCACGCCCUCCUGCAUGCAGAGUGCCUGGCCGGGAUGCUGGAUGAGCCGGGCUUGCCUCUGAGCGCGGAGGAGCUGCAGCGUGCAAAGGCCAAAGCCAGACAACUCCAGGAUGAAAUGUCGCAACAUGAGCUUCCUCCACCUCCACCGCCCCCGAGCGAAGAACCGCCAGAUCAGAAGGCACAGCUGAUGCAGAAGCUCAUGCAGCUAACUCCAGAUGAGAUCAGCAGAUUGCCCCAGGUCACCAAAGUUCAGCUGUUGAACUUCUUGAAGCAGAACAAGAGCUUCGAAGGCCUGGACGAUUUUUGGGAAUUCGUUGUGCAGCCCGGUUGCUUGCAGGCGCAAUUGAAGCCAACUCUUCGCACUGGUCAGCGAGUCGUCUUACAUGGUCUCGAAAAGUCUCCUGAGCUGAAUGGCCAUCGUGGUGUAGUGGUGAGAUGGCGAGAGGACACCGGUCGAUAUGCGGUUCGAGUUGCCGGGAAGGAGAUUGGUCUGAAGCCAGAUAACCUGAAGCCCGCGGAGGGAGGGGCCAUGGCAGCUGAGCUCGCUAAGAAGCUGAGCCGCAAGGUGGGUGAAGGAACCAUGUACAAUCCGGAGGUAUAUGCAAGAGUGCCCGGUGCAGGGCCAAGGAUGACGCAUUGGGUGGGUCAAGUAAAGGCUGGCCGGCGUGUCAUGGUCCGGGCUGAGGAGGUUGCUGAGGCAGAACCCUUGCCGCUUUGGUUUGGCGACCGAGGCUUCGUCAAUGCUGCACCGGUGGACGUCGCUUUAUUGAUCACAGAUGUGGGCGAGGAUCCAGGUCGGUGGCAGCUGGCGCUCGCCAGAGCCCUCAGCGCAUUUCCGGCCGCGGCAGGAAGACUGCGCCAGGUGAAGAAAGACGGCAGACAGACCUGGCAGAUCUUCCUGAACAACGCGGGCGUGCCUUUUACCAUGGCUUCGGUGCCUCCGUGUGGCCUGCCGGCGGCAGAGGUCUUACAACUGGCAUGUCAAGAUGAUCAGUGUGGCUUCUUCGACAUGGGCGAAGCUGACGGCGAAGAGGACCCCCUUCUUCGAGUCAAGCUUAUACACGAAGAAGGGACAGCACGAGGUUUGCUCGGGAUUUCGUUCAACCAUGUCCUCUGCGACAUCUUCGGCUUGGCUGACUUUUUGCGACGGCUCCAUGCAGAGCUGGAGGGCGCCCAGCCGCCGGCCGUGCCCAGUCAUUCGAGACAUGCAGCGCAGGCUGCAUUCGACGAAGCGGCCAUCAACGACAGUUCAGAGGCUCAUGGCUUUGAAGAAUGGUGGCCUUCCUGGCCUCGUGCACAGGAGCGAUGGUCCUUCACAGCUCGCCGGCUCCGCAGCGGCCUCCGUGGACGCCCCGACGGCGUUGCCACGCUGGCCUUCGCUGUCCCACAGGAGCUUUCCCCACACAAGGGGGCUAAGCUUGGGACGCUGAAGGCACAAGUCGAAGGCUUCGCGCAAUUGUGGCACUUGCUCGUCGCAAUUUGGCGAUUGAGAUCGGAAGGCUCCUCGCUGGAAAUCUUGGUGGGCUUGCUGGCUCAGACCACGCGCCGCUUGGGUCGCGGACGCCGUGUGUUGGCAUCGGCCUUGGUCACCAAAGAUUACCGGGCAGCCUUAGAGGAGGCGGCGCCAGGCCAAGGACUUGACCGCCUCUUUGCCAACGUGGUGACGCAUAGCCUUUCCUUCGAAGUUCCGGAGGAUCCUGAUGACCCCGACUGGCUGCAGCAGGUGGGCCGCUCAAUGCGCCGAGCCUCUGAUGCUGCAUCUCUACGAUAUGUACGGUGGCAGAGUGAGCAGGACCACUUCCGGGGGUUGCCCAACAUGUUCGGCAGCCUCUGCUGCAACACAUGGGGCCGAGCUCUAUCUGAGCUGAGCUUCAUCGAGGCCUAUGCAGUCGGCAUGCGGAGUAUUGAUGAAAGAGCGGAGCGGAUGUGUUUCCCAUUGGAUGCUGCCUACAUGCAAGUUCUUCCCCAGCCCUCCGGAACGCACAGGAUCUUGCUGACCAUGCCUGUGAGCGACAUGGAGAUCUUGCUGAAGGACUUGCCUGAGGAGGUCUUUGACCUCCCGCACGUCAGCGAGAUGCGCACCCAUACGUUCCGAGUCCCGCUUCCUGGUUCAGUCAUUGACCGCUUAAAUCCAGCCGUCGAGACCCACCAUAUUGUCGCUCGUGUAGCCUGUGUUGGGGAUUCUCUCACUGCAUGCGGCUACCCCAAAUUCUUGCAGGCUCACUUCGAUCGAGCUGGGAUGAACGUUCAGGUCCGGAACUUUGGGGUGACUGGUGCCACGGCCCAGAAGUUUGCGGACCAGCCCUAUUGGGAGGAGCGGAAGCUGGAAGACGUCCGAGUAUGGCGGCCGCACUUUGUCGUGACGCUCUUUGGCACCAAUGACGCAAAGUCAGGCAACUGGGAUCCUGAGGCUUUUGAGAAGGACUACCAAGACCUUUGUCUACAGUUUUUGGAACGCCUAGAGCCAAGGCCAGAGACUGUGCUGCUCACACCUCCGCCGGCCUAUUCGGAUGGGGACAUGGAUGUGCAGCAGGAGGUGGUGAACCAGAUGCUGCCCGAAGCAGUGCGCAGAGUCGCGGUGGCAUCGGAACGUGCUGUCAACGAGCCGUUGGAGAAGCAGGCGAAGCGUGGCAGAACGAUUGUCCCACCUGAGCUUGUUGCGUUCACGUCGGUGGUUGAAGCCUUUGAGACUUUGGGAGGAUCUAAGUUGACAAGGAGAAGCUACUUUGCAGAAGAUGGCAUCCAUCCCAAUGAGAAAGGCACCAAGCUCCUGGCUUUGACUGUGUUUGCCGAGCUCCGGUCGAAGGUCAGCAAGUACCUGCGCAAACGGGCAGACCAAGCUGCCCGUCCAGUAAACGAUAAUCCACUGGGCCUUUGA